GUGGUGGGUCUACUUUUUGUAUUUCUUUUGAUCAUCCCAUCCCAUCACGCUCUUCAUUCAGUCACAUAUUAACAACAGUCUCCUUUAACACACACUUUUCAACUGCCACUUUCUCCCACUGCCAUUUACUCUAAAUGUCUUUGGCAUUAAAUUCUCAUUAAAUUCUUAUCGUGACAACUUUCUACAGAAGGGUGGGGUGAGGUGUUGGGGAAGGGUGGGGGUAGUAGAAGAAGGGGGUGUUCCCGACGCACCAAUUGGACUUUACGAUACAACAAAAGUUAUCUGUCUAAAGAAGAAGAAUUAAAGAGGAACUGGGUGUAACAACAAUUUGGGACAAUUAUAAUACAUACUUAUCAUGGCGUUGGGAAAACCCUUUCGUGUCGCGAGUUUACAAGCUCCGCAUAAAUUCAGUAUCAUUCUUCGUCAUCGGAAUAAGGAUGACGCCCUCCUUUUCGAGUCCAAUGCUGUGGCACAGUUGUCUGCCCCCGAGGUUGCUGUGAUUAGGAAAAGUUACACAGAAAUUAUCGAGUCGUAUUAUGGAUGUCUUGGUGUUCUCCAGUUUUUUCCAGGUCCUAAUUGUAAAGAGGACGAGCCUUUACUUUACCUGGUGCUGGUCAGUGGAUGCGUAUCUGUCGGGAAGAUAUUAGAUUCUGAAAUAUAUCGAAUUACACAAACUACUUUUAUCAAUUUACGAGGUCCUUUCCCUGAGGAUGAACGAGUAACCGAGAUCAAGAAAGUUCUUAAUGCUGGGACAUUUUAUUUUUCAUGGUCUGCUGGAGAAUCUUUGGAUCUAACCUUAUGCGAACAACGUCGCGCACACGCGAAGGAUAUAGAUAAUCGAUUCUUUUGGAAUCGGACUAUGUUUCUGCACUUUCUUCGCUAUGGGAUUGACUGCAACGAAUGGCUACUAAAGAUGACGUGUGGAUCUGUAGAAAUUAAAACAGUUUACGCUGGUGCUAAAAAUGUGAAAUCUGCAGUAAUAUCGAGACUCAGUUGUGAACGGGCUGGAACCAGGUUUAACGUUAGGGGAACAAAUGAUGAUGGGCAUGUCGCAAAUUUCGUUGAAACGGAACAGAUAAUGUGCACUGAUCACGAUACGGUAGCGUUUAUUCAGACGAGGGGUUCAGUUCCACUGUUUUGGGAACAGCCUGGAGUACAGGUGGGUUCUCACAAAGUACGACUAUCAAGGGGUCCGGAAGCUGCUUGUUCUGCAUUGGCGAAACAUUUACAAAUGCUGAAAGAUCGAUAUGGGAAGCAGGCAAUUGUAAAUUUGUUGGGGACAAAUAUGGUGGGGUCAAAGGAGGGAGAAGCGAUGCUGUCAUCUUUAUUUCAUUCUCAGCACACCAACGAUCCAAAUCACAACGAUAUUGCUCACGUGCUCUUUGACUAUCACCAAGAAGUUCGUGGAACGAGAGGGCUUGACCGACUGGAUGUUCAAAUUGCUCGCUACAUUUCAGAAUUUGGUUUUUAUCAUGUUAAAGAUGGACAAAUACAGAGACAACAAUCAGGAACGAUCAGGACGAACUGUUUAGACUGCUUGGAUAGAACCAAUUGCGUUCAAACAUUCAUCGGAUUAAAGGUACUUGAGAAUCAACUCAGAGAAAUCGGGUUGAUACAAACGUACACUCGCUUUGAAGAAGUUUUUCGACAAAUGUGGAUUAAUAAUGGAAACGAAGUGUCGAAAAUUUACGCUGGCACGGGAGCAAUACAAGGAGGUUCUGUUCAAGCAAAGUUAAUGGAUGGUGCUAGAUCGGCAGCUAGAACGAUACAAAAUAAUUUAUUGGAUCAAAGCAAACAGGAAGCCAUUGAUGUACUGUUAUUAGGUCAUACGUUCAAUACAGAAGUAACCAGUUAUGCUCGAUCUCUAUUGCCAGCUCAUUAUCUGCACGCCCCGCCCACAAUACUCCGCCAAAUGGUUAAACGCUGGGAAGACUACACAACUCCAAAAAGUUUACGUGUCGUUGUUGGAACGUACAAUGUCAAUGGUGGCAAGCACUUUCGGUCCGUAGUCUACAAGGAUUUGUCUUUGUCCGAUUGGUUACUUGAUGCGGCCAAAAUCGGUCGCUCUUCAUCCUUGGUAUCUUUUGAAGAAGAAGAGGACACUGGACGUCCUGCAGACAUUUACGCUGUAGGUUUUCAAGAAAUUGUCGAUUUGAAUGCAAGCAACAUCAUGGCAGCAAGCACUGAAAAUCAAAAGGCUUGGGCAGAAGAACUUGGAAAAAUACUGAAUCGCGACCGAGGCUACGUUUUACUCACUUCUCUCCAACUCGUUGGAGUUUGUCUGUUUAUUUUUACUCGUCCAGAACUCCUCCCUCACAUUAAGGAUGUUGCAACGGACUCGGUGAAAACAGGACUGGGUGGUGCGGCUGGCAACAAGGGUGGCGUUGCUAUUAGAUGUGUUGUUUAUAGUACCUCGAUCUGUUUCGUGUGUUCUCAUUUCGCUGCUGGACAGUCACAAGUCAAAGAAAGAUGCGACGACUUUGCCGAAAUUAGUCGAAGAAUAUUAUUCCCAAUGGGCCGAACGUUGGACUCUCACGAUUACAUAUUUUGGUGUGGAGAUUUCAACUUUCGAAUCGAUAUCGAUCGUGAGGAAGUCAAAGAUUUGAUUAGAAGACAGGAAUGGCCACUUCUCCUGAGAGGUGAUCAGUUAACUGUGGAACGUGAAAAGGACAAUGUGUUUGAAGGCUUCAAUGAGGGCGAGAUCAACUUUGCUCCCACCUACAAGUACGACCUCUUUUCUGAAGAUUACGAUACGAGUGAAAAGUGUCGAAUUCCUGCAUGGACGGAUAGAGUUUUAUGGAAACGCAACAUGCCGCUAUCCGAUAUGACACCACCCCAUGAUUGGGACGCCGGACGAUGCUCCUACUACGGACGAGCGGAGCUCAAACAAAGCGAUCACAGGCCCGUUGUAGCCGUGAUUGAAAUAGAUGCAUUUGCAGUGGAUGAACGGAAUCGAGAUAGAAUAUUCAAAGAUGUCAUCAAACAACUGGGUCCGGCAGAUGCUACCGUUAUCCUCACUGCUGACGACCCUGCAGCGUUCGAGUCCGACGAUAGUGACCAGAUAAUACUGAAUGAACUCAGUUGUUGCGGGGACAUUAUUCUUGUUCGUCACUUGGGGACAGAAUUGUGGAUAACCUUCAAAGAUGGAGUUUCUGCACUUGCAGCCAUCCAAUUAGAAACCAUUCAGGUUGGGGAUUAUAUUGUUCGAAUCAAUUUAAAAACUCGAGAUUGGGACAAUCAUUUGGAAAAGGAAAUGGCUCUCUGCGUCAAUAAUUGCCUCCCUUUGCUCCCUGGUCAAAAUAACAACACAAUCAAAGGAGUUAGCAGCUACACAAAUCUCAUGCAUGUUCCUGAGGAGCCUUUACGCCGCGUGAGUUCGGAAUCCAUGUUAGGAGAGGCUCCCAACAAAGUCAAAGUUCCACCACGACCGGCUCAACCAGGGCGACCCGUCCCUCCACCUGGACGCCCCCCACCUCCAAGAUCACCUCAACCUGAACGGAAGGUGAUGAUGCCAGAGACGGAUGCUAAAGUCAGCAAAUCAGUCGAAGUAUCUCCAAAGCAGUCCCCAAUAACAGAAAUAUUUCAAACAUCCUCCUUUCAGAGUCAGCAAUCUUCGGCACCACCUCUACCCCCAAAAGCAGACUCUCCAAUUUUAGAACAACAAGUCCCUCCCAUCCCAAAGCGAGCCAACUCAGUCGAAUCUCCCAAGAAAGAUAUUCGUCCUGUAAUACCUCCAGCAGUCUCAAACUACGAUCCAUGGGAGUCGCAUCAAACAGUCCUCGCACAACAACCAGUCGCGCCCGUUGUGAGCAAUCCAACAAAUCUUCCUCCCAUCCCUGCGCGACAAGUUGGAUCCAAGCCACCUCCUGGGGCUCUACCCCCAAUCCCUGCGCGGUCAGGCGGCGGUCAGGUACCCCCAGUGCCAGCCCGUGGGGCUCCUGCCAUCCCACCUAGGAAAACGUAGUCUCAUGCAAAUAAUAUGAAGUGAUUAACUUCUUAUUGUUAAUCUAAUCCAAUAUGCAUAUUAACUCACAAGUAACUAAGCUUCAGUUAAUAAGCUUGAGUUGCCCAGUCACUUUUUGUACCUUGAUUUUAUUCAGAACGGUCGGUUCUUGUACUUUUUUAAACCUUAGCUCUUGAUGAUGAUGGAACUCAGACGGCAGUAAUGACUAUUAUUAUUUUCUUUCACUCGCCUUAUUUAUUCUUGUUUGUAUCUCGACUUUUGACAACUAAUUUACUUGUGUAUUAAUUAAGGUUGGUCAGAUCAAUAAGUAUAUAAGAUUUUUAGUGUCUGCACAUUUGAUUUGUUACGACUUAUUAAAAAAUAAGUCAAAUUAUGGAAGAAACUAAAGAUGUAUUUUUAUCAUGCAUGGGAAACUUAACUUUAAGAGUGAUCAUCUAGUAGAAAUUAGUACAGAAUUGCAUUCCAAAUAAGUAAGAAAAAGAAGCCAUGUAAGUAUUUCUGGAAGGAAUUAAGUCAUCAAACUCGUAACAAGUAGUUUAAAAUUAGUUUAGAUUAUCAAAAGAGUAACAAAACAAAAUAUAUAUAUUGCGAGCACGCACCGCACUCUGCUAAUAUGGAUACUUAUAACUAAAUCUCUAGUCUACAGAAUGAUGAAAUUAUAAUGAUGAUAAUAUUAUUUUAUCUGUAAUAUAGUCGAUAUUCUACAAUCAGUUCAUUCCAAAAAGCCAGUGAUACUAAGAUUGAAAAAGAGAGAAAUAAGAAAAUCGAAAUAAAUCCACUAUACAUAUACGUGACUUGGA